AUGAAAAUCUUAGAGGGCAAUGUUGGUGCACUCACAAAUUUUGAGGUCCUUGAUUUCUUACUAACUAAAGGAGCUUCAAAGGAUCCAACAAGAGUUAUUGCCAAAGUAGCACAGUCUGAAUACAAGGUUUAUGAUUAUUUGGUUGACACUGCUGCCUCUGUUCAAACAAGAGAGAGCAUCAAUGAGUUCUUGACAAGUGUUAAACAGCAUGACCUAGUAAGGUUCCUCUCUAUUGGGGAAUCGCAGCUGAUGGAUACGUAGCAUUUGCUGAUGAUGCAGAUUUGCUUAAAGGUUCUUGUGGCAAGUCACUUGCUUCUUUCCCUCAAGGUGAG